AGUAUUUUGUACAUUAUGCAGCAGUUUCUGAUCCACAUGAACACCUGGAACCUGGCACAUCUCAUCCACUGCUGUCUCAGGCUGUUGGUAUCGGUAUCAACCCCAUCCUGUCACAGUCAGUGUCACUGCAGCGGAACAGGAACGUGCAGUGAGCAUGCUCAUUGCAGUUUCAGCCUGUAGAUGGAGAAAAGUGAAGAGGAGGGGAGAGAACUACACGGGGGCUGUAUGCAGUACUCACUGGGAUGCUGUUGCAGCUCUGAGAACAAGGACUGCAUGGGAAGACUUGUCAUUGACAGCACGAAUGGAGUGUGAAGGGGGAACACAAAUGACUGGAAUGAUGAAUUACCAUCACCUAAGACGAGAAGAUGUGUGAUAAGUAACUCUCGGACGGAGCGGAGAUGUACGCCUUCUACUCCCUUUUAGUCUACAUUUUCUACACUGUCUUUAAGAAGGGGGAGGAGGAAGCCUUGGAGGGGGGGUGCGGAGCUCCCUCAGAUGAGCCAGGAGCUGUUUCCAUGGAAACAGAGAGAAGACAGCGAGAUGGCCACGCCCCCAGAGUGGGAAAAAAGGCUUGUGCUCGAUCUAGUGAAUCAAGCAGUUGCAGUGACAGUGAUGAAAUGUCUCUGAGUGAUGAAGAGGAGGAGGAGGAUGGCCCUGAUAUCCCAGCAUACACUCCUCUGGCUGCCUUUUUGUCCUUCAAACAGGAUGCUGAGAAGCGACGGGCCUCCCAAGUUAAUCUGGACACAACAGGGAAGCUAGCAGAGUCUCCCUUGGUGGCGGUGAUGUCCCACUUGCUGAGUUUUCUGGAGCAGUACUCCCACUUUCAGCAGCUACAGCAGCAGGCUGAUCAAUACCGGGUACAGCUGAAGAGACACCGCGUCCAACACCGCCGCCAGAUGAAGGCUCUGCGAGCCUCCUACCGCCAGCGCCUCAGGGACAAGAACAGUGUCAUCAGCAGCCUGGAGGAGGCCAUCAGUCAGCAGCAGACCCCCAGCCCACUCAGCGAGGAUGAGUCCAGCAGUGAUGUAGGGACACAAGCUGGGGUUCACAGGCUGGUGGAGUCUCUGUAUGGCCUGCAGGGUGAGAGGAGUAAACUGAGAGGUGAACUGCGCCUGCUGCACUCGCAGCUGGAGCAAAAGGAGAGAGACCGACACUCUCGCAUACAGGCCUUUCAACAACAGAUUGAUGAGCUCAAGAGCUGCAUAGAAGAGCGUGAGGAGGAGCUGGCAAGACUGAGAACAGCCACAGGGGCCACAGACUCAGAGAAGCGGGUGCUUUGUCUGUCAGCAGAGAACGAGAGUCUGAAACAAAGCCUGAGCGUGACCCAAGGCCUCCUGCAGCAGCUGUCAGCCAUCCCCUCCCAGUCCAGCGCCAUGCUCAUCAAGGAGAAUGAGAACCUCCGCUGCAGAGUGCAACAGCUGGAGAUCUCCCUACAGCAGCGUGCUGAGCAGCUGUCACAACUGGAGCGACAAACUGAACAAAGUGAGUGGAGGAGAGGAGAGGAGCUGAGGAAACGAGAGGACAGAGUGAAAGAGCUGCAGCUGGAACUGGACAGAGAGAGAAGCAAGGAGCCGGUGGUGAAGUAUGUCACACAGACUGUGGAGGUGGAAUCACAUGCCACGUUAAAACAGCUGACUAAAGCCAGACAGAGGAAUGAGCUGCUGUCCGACAAGCUGUCCAAUCAAAACGUGCGGUGCAGACAGCUGGAGGAGCAGAUCAGGAAGUCUGAUGAAUACAGCUGUAAUCUGCAGCACAAGAUUGCAGCGUAUGAGCAGGAAAUCCGUAAACUGAGAGAGGACUUGCUGAAGGAGAUUGGCCACUUGGAGGAGAGGAAGGAGGCGGCUGUGGAGGCCGCCGCCAGCUGCUCAGCGGAACAGUUCCAGAGCCUCCAGGACCAGUUCUUCAGUUUUCAGAAGCGUCUGACAGCGCUCCCGCCGACUUUACGCUCCAUGAAAACAGACUACGCCAGUUUGAGGAGCCAGGUUCGAAACUUCUCAGAGUUUUAUGGAGCAGCAAUAAAUGAAGCAAAAAAACAGAUUUCAGUGGCUAUCAGUGAGAUGUCUGAAGCAAACAUAGAGCUGCUGGAGAAAUACAGGAAGGAGGUUGCACUGCGCAGAAAGUACCAUGAGCAGCUGGUAGAGCUUAAAGGUAACAUCCGCGUGCUGUGUCGUGUGAAGCCUGUGCUGAAGGAGGACCAGCACAAGGAGGACCAGUCUGUGGUAGUGGUGACGGACCCCAACAACGAGUCCUCUCUCACUGUGCUGAGCAAAGGAAAGGGCCGCGUCUUUGAACUGGACAAGGUCUUCCAUCCUGAGGCCACACAGGAAGAGGUCUUCCAGGAGAUUGAACCUCUUGUGACGUCGUGUAUCGAUGGCUACCACGUCUGCAUAUUUGCUUAUGGACAGACUGGCUCUGGAAAAACCUACACGAUGGAGGGCACAGCCGAAAACCCAGGCAUCAACCAGCGAGCCCUGAAACAACUCUUCAGUGUGAUCGAGGAGAGGAAAGACAUGUGGUCCUACACAGUCACAGUCAGCUCUGUGGAGAUCUACAACGAGGUGCUAAGAGACCUGCUGAGUAAGGACGGAGAGAAACUGGACAUAAAGAUCAACCCGGAUGGAACAGGACAGCUGCAUGUCCCGGGCCUCAGGGUCAUCGAAGUUAAGAGUUUUCAGCACAUUAAGAAGAUUUUAGCUACAGCCCGAAGGAACAGGAUCACUUUUGGGACUCAGAUGAACCAGCACAGCUCACGCUCCCAUGCUCUACUCUGUAUCACCGUUCAGGGCACCGACCUCGCCUGCGGCUCCAGAACCACCGGCAAGUUGAACUUGGUGGACCUGGCUGGCUCAGAAAGAGUAUGGAAAUCUGGUGCAGAGGGGGAAAGGCUGAAGGAGGCCCAGAAUAUUAACCGCUCUCUACUGGCACUGGGGGAUGUGAUUCAGGCACUGAGGGCUCGACAGACUCACAUCCCCUUCAGGAACUCCCGCCUUACGUACUUAUUACAAGAUUCACUGGGCAAGGGCAGCAAGACUGUUAUGGUGGUACAGGUGUCGGCUCUAGAGAGUAACGUGGGAGAGACGCUGUGCUCGCUGAAGUUUGCCCAGAGGGUGUGCAAGGUGGAACUCGGUCCUGCAGCGAGGAAGAUUGAAUCUGGUGGAGGACAGUGCGACUGACAACCUUGAAUCACCAGGGAUCCAUGAAUGCAAUCCUGCUCAAGGGCUAAACCUGUAACACCUGUGAUCGAGGUCAGGUGUUGACAGUUUUGACCUCCUCCUUUUCUGCUUCUGACAAGUGGUAACCCUUUAUCAUUAGCUAAAGUGCAUGCAGGAGUAUUUAUUCUUCCACUGAGUGCCAAAACAACCUCUGAUUCCCCUACAGUCUGAGAUUCGAUGCCUCCUUGAACUACAGUCUCCAUUUCUUUGUAUUAACUACCAAAAUCCAGAUUUGUAUCAUAUUGUCAGUGAUCAUCUGUGUUUAGCAUAGCAUCAUAUUCCCACAGGUUCAGUAAUCAUCAGGUGCCAAUACUUCAGGUUUUGCAGUAAUAAUCAUCUUGCGAUAAAUGUCUGUAGUUUGUGAGCUGCAUCUCUAGUAUUGUAAUAUUUUUGAUGUGUAGAUGAACCUGUUCUGUAGCAGAGGUAUUAAUCAUUUCAAUGACAUUUAAUACAAGUUAUAUAUUUAUGUAGUUUUUGUGAAUUUCAGAAGAGCAGCCACUGUAUGCUUAGUUUCUCUUUAGAGCCUUGAAAAUUUGCCUUUUGGGAAAAGAGAAGCCGCUGAAGGGAACAUGUGUCCUUGUGCUAGAGGGGUAAUAUAAAGAACUGUGCAACAUCCUCCGUAUUGAGGAGACAGUUUGGGCCUAUGUGGACAGAAAAUGCACUUUAUUUGGAAAUGGUGUUUCAGUUUAGACCAGGUAUUUAGGGGCUUGCAAUAGAUGUCACUAGUGAAUGUCAAGCCAAAAACAGCUUAGCUACCUGCUCAUCAUUGUUCCUCAAUUUAUCACCUGUUGGAUCAGAAGUAACUUUUGAUUCAAGUGUAGCAAGACAUCAGUGUUGCAGUGACUACUGUAGAACUCUAUGGUGACUAGACCUCUUAAUAAUGAUUAAAAUUUACUUUCUAGAUAAAUAUGAUGCAUUUAAAGUUGUUUUUUUCAGUGACACACUGAUUAAGAAAUAAUUUGGUAUGCCACAGAACUGCAGUGUUCUUGGUUCAGAUUUGCCUGGAGAUAAUUAAUGCACGUUCUCCCACUACAGAAAAUAAG